UUGAUCAUUUGAUAUGGUUCUGUAGUAAUCUCUCUGUGUGUAACAUAUGGAUCAUUUGGGUUUAUGAAAUAGGCCUUUUUUUGGUUUAACGUGAAGAUGUAUAUAUCAAGAUCAUUGUUUGUGUACAAAACAGCCAUGAUAUGGCUGAUUACAACCCAUAAGGGAGCCCAUGGCAAGUGGUUUAGAAUAGAGAGCUCUGCCCUGUUCUACUAUAUAUCGUUUUCGACGCCGGCAGUGAAUGGGUGGGUGUGGUGGUGUCGCCUGAAGCCAUAAGGUACCGGUCCUGCAGGAGUCGGUUCUCAGUAGUAGGAGCUGUUGCCUUGUGAGCUGAGAUAAGGGUGUUGUUGCUCAUCGAGUAGUCAAGCUUGCAACGAGCCCGGUGAAGCGAUUUGUGCUUCUCCUGCCAGAUUACAUGUAUGGCUAGUUGCAGGGUCAGUUCUGCUAGCGUCUCCCUGCCUCUGCUGACUGGGUUGCUCAGGGAUCGAAUCUUGGUAUGGCAGAGGGUGAUGCUGUCCGGGGGGUGAUUCAUCGGAUUACGCAGCUUGUGCCGUUGUACUCGUGGCCGAGCUACCAAGUGCACUUUUUAGUGAAAGCAGGUUUGUAGUCCGAGUCAGCCUGCUUCCACGGAAUGGAGUCGCUUACUCCGUCAUCGUCGGGGUCCAACGCCGGAAGGUGGAUUCUUUCUAAUCUUGCGUAGUCCAGUCGGCAAGCCAGAACCGCGCGCAUCCCCCGUUCCCGACCUUCGUCUUGAUGAAUUGGGGGGCCUUGUCCUUGAAAUAGGCCUUUUUAUAAACUCUUGUAACAAUCUCCUCUCAUUAUUCAUCGCAAUUCUUAUACAAACUUUACGUAAUUCUUUCCGCAGAGCUCGCUUGCUGAGACAUCAGCGGCUAUUGGCUAUGGCCAUCGCCGAAAUCUCGGCCCAAACAUCUUCUUUUCUCGUCGACAAGAGAGGGAUCCAUUCCGAUUCCUUUUACGCCUCUCUUAUCGAUAGCUCAACUCGCAAAGGGCACUUGAGGCAAGUCCAUGCACGUUUACUGCUUUUAGGAUUUCAAUUCAGUGGUUUCUUAAUCACCAAGCUGAUUCACGCAAGCUCUGAACUUGGAGACAUGUGUUAUGCACGUCAGGUGUUCGACGAUUUUCCCCAUCCAGAUGUAUUUCCGUGGAAUGCCAUAAUUAGGGGAUAUUGCAGAAAUGGUUUCCUCCGAGAUGCCCUUCAAAUGUAUUCCAUGAUGCUACAGUCCUGGGUCUCUCCUGAUGCUUUCACUUUCCCUCACGUGCUUAAAGCUUGCAGCGGUUUGCCCGCGCUUGAAACGGGUCGGAGGAUUCAUGGGCAGAUCUUUCGACAUGGGUUUGAAUCAGAUGUAUUUGUCCAGAACGGUCUCAUCGCCUUGUACACGAAAUGCCGACACAUUGGUCGUGCAAGGGUUGUGUUUGACGGGUUGUCCGAGAGAACAGUUGUCUCGUGGACCUCCAUCAUCUCAGGCUAUGCUCAAAACGGCCAGCCUUUGGAGGCUCUCAAGAUUUUCAGACAGAUGAUGAGAACGGAUGUGAAGCCUGACUGGAUCGCCCUUGUGAGCGUUCUCAAUGCUUUCACAGAUAUGCAGGAAUUGGAGCAAGGGAGAUCUGUUCAUGGUUCUGUGGUCAAGAUGGGUCUCGAGACAGAGCCUGACUUGCUCAUCUCUCUCACGGCCAUGUAUGCGAAAUGUGGCCAAGUGGUAAGUGCCAGGAGGCUGUUUGAUAAGAUGGAGAUAGACAAUCUGAUUUUGUGGAAUGCGAUGAUCUCUGGGUAUGCUAAAAAUGGUUAUGCUAAGGAUGCCAUUGAUUUAUUCCGUAGGAUGAUCGGUAAGAAUAUCAGACCCGACACUAUCUCCAUAACAUCUGCAAUUUCAGCUUGUGCACAAGUUGGCUCUCUUGAACAGGCUCGCUGGAUGGAUGAAUAUGUCAGCAAGAGCAGUCAAAGGGAUGAUAUCUUUGUAAACACUGCUUUAAUCGACAUGUACGCCAAAUGUGGAAGCAUAGAGUCAGCCCGUUCAGUUUUCAACCGAACGCUUGACAAGGAUGUUGUUGUCUGGAGUGCCAUGAUUGUCGGGUACGGAUUGCAUGGCCGGGGAAGAGAAGCCAUCCAUUUGUACCAGGAAAUGGAACGAGCUGGAGUGCAACCCAAUGAUGUAACCUUUCUCGGGCUUCUCAUGGCAUGUACCCAUUCAGGCCUAGUGCAAGAGGGCUGGUGGUUCUUCCAUCGCAUGAAGGAACACAGGAUCAAGCCAGAACACCAGCAUUACGCAUGUGUCGUUGAUCUUCUUGGACGUGCUGGUUAUCUCGAGAAAGCCUAUGACUUUAUCAAGAACAUGCCAAUCCAGCCUGGUGUAUCGGUCUGGGGUGCUCUCCUAAGUGCUUGCAAGACCCAUCGCCACGUGAUAUUGGGAGAAUAUGCAGCUGAACAGCUUUUCUCGUUAGAUCCUUCCAACACAGGGCACUAUGUGCAGCUCUCUAAUCUUUAUGCAGCGGCCCAUAUGUGGGACAGUGUAUCAAAGAUACGAGUGAUAAUGAAGGAAAAAGGAUUAUGCAAAGAUCUCAGCUUCAGCUCGGUUGAAAUCGAUGGAAAACUCGAGACAUUCCGUGUGGGUGACAAGUCGCACCCGAGAUUUCAGGAGAUACAGAGGGAGCUCGAGUCACUGGAGAGCAGACUAAAGGCGGCUGGAUUUGUUCCCGUCAUGGAUUCUUCACUGCACGAUCUGAACGAGGAAGAGGCCGAGGAAAGUCUCUGCAAUCACAGCGAGAGGAUUGCUAUUGCUUACGGGCUUAUAAGUACUCCUCCAGGGACUACUCUCCAUAUCACGAAGAAUCUCAGAGCUUGCGUGAACUGUCAUGCGGCUACAAAGCUUAUAUCGAAGCUAGUCGGCAGAGAGAUCGUUGUGAGAGAUACGAAUAGGUUCCACCAUUUCAAGGACGGAGUUUGUUCUUGUGGAGAUUAUUGGUAAAGUGACGAUUUUCAGAAGA